GCUGCCCGGCCGUACAAAUUCCGGUUGAAAGCCGGCCCCGUAGAACAGUUGCCGUCGAGCGGAGAGAGCGUUCGCACGUGUGCCGCACUUGGAUUACGGAUUUCGGAGUCGAGGAUUACCGCAGGAGCACCGCAGGAUAAUACAGAGCACAGCCACCCACUUAAAGGACUUUUUCGAGCACCACAAUGGAGUUCCUGAGCGCCCAGUGCGCUGCCCGUUCGGCGGGUCCGGCGAACACGCUGAUGUCCUUGCUGCUGUCCACGCUGAUCGCCAAGUACUGCGAUCUGAGUGGCCAGAAUCAGUGGCCGGAGGACAAGGGCGACUGGCUGGAGCAGGCUGGUGGCUUCCAGCAUGACUACGACUUCAUUGUGAUUGGAUCGGGCAGUUCGGGCGCCGUGGUGGCUGGGCGACUGGCCGAGGUGAAGAAGUGGAAGGUGCUGCUGCUGGAGGCCGGCGGCGAUCCGCCAAUUGAGACGGAGUUCGUGGCCUGGCACAUGGCCACGCAGUUCUCCGAAUGGGAUUGGCAGUACCACUCGAAGCCGAACGGACGUGCCUGCAUGGCGAUGGAGGGCGAGAGUUGCCACUGGCCGCGGGGCAAGAUGUUGGGCGGCACGAACGGCAUGAAUGCCAUGAUCUAUGCCCGGGGCACGCGCAAGGAUUUCGAUGACUGGCAGGAGCGGGGCAAUCCCGGUUGGGGCUACGACGCGGUGCUGGAGCACUUCCGCAAGGCCGAGGAUCUGCGCUCCACGCGACCGGACUACAAGGCCGGUGAUCAUGGCGUCGGUGGACCCAUGGGACUCAACAAUUACGUGAGCGACAACGAGUUCCGCACCACAAUACGCGCCGGCAUGCAGGAGAUGGGCUACGGCAGUGCGCCGGACUUCACCGAGGGCUCGUUCGUGGGCCAAAUGGACAUCCUGGGCACUCAGGAUGGCGGUCGUCGCAUCACCACCGCCCGCUCUCAUCUCAAGAAGCACACGCCCAAUCUGCACAUCCUGCGCCACGCCCACGUGAAGAAGAUCAAUCUGGAUCGCAACAACCGAGCGGAGAGCGUGACCUUUGUGCACCGCGGCAAGAAGGAGUACACGGUCAAGGCCAGCAAGGAGGUCAUCGUGUCCGCCGGCGCCAUUGGCUCACCACAGAUCCUGCUGCUCUCAGGCAUCGGACCCGCGGAGCACUUGAAGAGCCUGGGAAUCCCCGUGAAACUGGACCUGCCCGUGGGCGAGAACCUCAAGGAUCACGCCAGUCUGCCGGUGAUCUUCCAGAUCGACAAGUCCACCGCCCGCAAGCCCACCGAGGAGGAGCUGGUGGACGCCAUGUACAACCUGCUGAUGGGUCGCUACAGCAAACUGCUGCACCACGAGGCCACCGCGCUGACGGGCUUCAUCAACACCACCUCGAUUGAGGGACCCAAUCCGGACAUCCAGACCACCAACUUCUUCAGCCUGAUGCAGAGUCCGGAGCUGAAGGGUUAUGUGGCUGCCACCGGAUUCAAUGAGCGCGUGGCCAAGAGCAUCUUGUCCGCCAACCAGGAGACCAAUACCUACAUUACCUAUUUGCUGCAUCUGAAGCCCUUCUCGGCGGGCAGUCUGACCCUGCAAUCUGCGAACUACUUGGAUGCUCCCAUCAUCGAUCCCGGCUAUAUGACCGAUGAGCGCGACGUGGACACCUACAUCAGGGCCUUGAACAUCUACAAGAACCUGCCCAACACCAAGGCGUUCAGUGAGCGGGAGGCCGCACUCCACCAGCUGGAUUUGGAGGCCUGCAAUGGCCUGACCUAUCAGUCGGAUGACUACUGGCGCUGCUACAUCCGCCACAUGACCACCACCGUUUACCACCCAGUGGGCACCACUCGCAUGGGCCCGUCCACCGAUGCCACUGCCGUGGUGGACCCACAACUGCGGGUGCAUGGCGCCAAGGGAUUGCGGGUUAUUGAUGCCAGCAUUAUGCCCGACAUUGUGGGCGCCAACACCAAUGCCGCCUGCAUCAUGAUCGGCGAGAAGGGGGCGGACAUGAUCAAGGCGGAGUAUCUGGGCGGCCAGCACACCGAGCUCUAAGCUCAGCGAUAUUUUACGAUAUAGGCUUUAAAUAUUUGUCACAUUUUUUUUUGUUAUAAUAAAUAUAUGCUUCUUACAUAUAA